AUGCGUCCCAGGCUCUAUUUGAGCUUUUUGAUUCUUUCAUUCUGUAUUUCUGCUCAAGCGGAUUUGAAUUUAUACAAUACAGAUGAAAUAAAUAAUAAUGGUAUUGAUUUAUUACAAUAUAAUUGUUUACGUAUUAGCAUUGAUGCUUCAUUAGAACUUGAGCCUAGUUUUCUUGAGAUGUUAUCUUUUUGUAUGAACGAAGAAACAUCGAGAAUUUAUCGCAAUGUAACUGGUGAACAAUUAUAUUAUUGGUCAACACCAAUUGAUGCUAUUGAACGAUAUGAAUUAUAUUUAAUAUCAAAUAAUGAAACGAUGGGAAACGAGAUCUAUUAUAAUUGUACAUUACCGAGAUUUGGUCCAAUAUGCCAAUAUGAAUUGGAUCAGUUUGAUAUAAAUGGACAUUCUAACUUAUAUAUUCAAAGGUUUUAUGCUCGUCUAGAUUCCUCUUCAACUAAUUUAACUUGUUACAUUCAUAUAAAAUGCGAUCGUGGUCCAUAUCCAUCUUGUUUAGAUUGGAGUGAAAUAUGUGAUGGAAUAAUUAACUGUCUUGAUUNUAAUCAAUUUGUUGAAGUUAAUUCAAUGGAUUUGAUUAAACGAACAUUGAAUUCAUUUCUUCUCAUGUAUCCUGAUGAUCUUGAACAAGAUUCAACUAAUCCUGAUCCAAUUACACCUUGGAAUUUUGGUAUUCAAAUGGUUGCAUUAGAUUAUCAAAAUGAUGAUCCGAUUUUAUCAUUAUCUUAUGGAAAAUUUAUGGAUAAUGGAAAUUGUGGAUAUGUAUUAAAACCAGAAUAUUUAACUCAUAUUAGUAAAUCUUUAUUUAAUCCUUUAAAUUAUAUAACAAAACCAUUGAAAUAUUCGGAAGAUAUUUUUGAAUGUCCACAACGUUUAAUUUUGACAAUUAUUAGUGGACAAUUCCUACGUCGAACAAAUGCUUGUGAUCCAUAUAUUCUUAUGUCUACAUAUGGAAUUCCAUGUGAUCAACAAAUACAAAAAACGAAAACAUUCAGCUGUAAGAAUUGGAAUUUAGAAUGGAAUGAAAUAUUUCAAUUUGAUAUUUAUUUUCCUCAAAUGUGUUUAAUGAGAUUUGAUGUUUGUGAUCAUCAUCGUUUAGCUUAUUUUUGUUUACCAAUAACAACUAUGCAGACAGGUUUAAAUAAUCGAUUUUGA